AUGAGCAGCAUCCUCGGUCUGGAGCCCCUACCCGAUCGCCAGUCGUGGGAAAAAUCCUUGGGUGAGUUCCUGGAGAUUGUGGUCGGUUCCAAUCCGGACAAGAUUUUCGUCGAGAUCGCCGGACAGCGAAUCACCUAUUCCGACUUCUAUCGCCGCUGCCGCUCGGCGGCAACCAUGUUCCGCGAUUUGGGUAUCGGCCACGGCGACCGGGUUUGCCUGUUUCUGCCCAACGUGCCCGAGGUGUUGUACACGUGGUUCGGCUUGGCCCUGAUCGGUGGCAUUGCCGUCACCAUCAACACCGCCUACCGGCGCGAUGAGAUGGCCUUCAUCCUCAAUAACGCGGAGGCCUCCACCCUCGUAGCCCACGAAAGCCUGCUCGACGUGGCGACUCAGGCUGCCGAUAUUGCCCCCUGCGUCCGUCAUCGGCUCUUCGUGGGGAGCGAUGCCGCGCCGUCAGGGUGGGGUGGAUACUCCGACCUGCUGGCCGCCUCUCCUGAGAUCGCCGAACUUCCGCCGGUGGCUCCCACUGACAUCUCGAUGCUCCAGUACACCUCCGGCACCACGGGCAACCCCAAGGGCGUCCAGGUCACCCAUCAGAUGUACGUUUCCGCCGGACAGGGUUUCGCCCUCUGGACCCAAGCCACACCCGACGACCGCUUUUUCACCUGUCUCCCCUACUUCCACGCCAACGCCCAGUACUACAGCACCAUGGGCACCCUGGCCUCCGGCGCCACCCUGGUGGUGCAGGACCGUUUCAGCGCCUCGCGUUUUUGGAAUCAGGUGCGCGACGCCCGCGCUACCGUGGUCAAUUUCAUCGGCAUGAUGAUGCCUGUCCUGUCGAAAAACGAUCCUCAGCCCGACGACACCGACAACACCGUUCGAUUGUUCUACGGCUCUCCGUCCUUCUCCCCGGCAUUCCUCUCCGGGUUCGAGCAGCGCUUCGGCACCGACAUCAUCGUCGGUUUCGGAAUGACCGAGACCUGCUACGGCACCAUCGAGACCAUCCGAGGCGAACGCCGUCCCAACUCGUCCGGCCAGCCUCGCCAGCAUCCCGACGCCGCUUUCGAAAACACGGUGCGCAUCGUUGACGACCGGGGCGUUGCCGUCGCCAACGGUCAGCCCGGCGAAAUUACGAUCCGCAACCCGGCAACCAUGGCCGGUUACUGGCGCAACGAGACCGAGACCAACGCCUCCCUACGGGGCGGCUGGCUUUUCACCGGCGACCUUGGUUGGCUCGACGACGACGGCUAUCUGUAUUUCGUCGACCGCAAGAAGGACGUCAUCCGUCGCCGGGGCGAGAACAUCUCCUCUCAGGAAGUCGAGGACGUGAUCAAAAGCCACGAAAGCGUGUUGGACUGCGCCAUCAUCGCCGUCCCGUCGGACCUCGGCGAGGACGAAGUCAAAGCCUAUAUCACGCCGCGGCCCGGCGCGUCGCCUCAGCCCGAGGACGUCAUCUACUGGUGCGCCGACCGCCUGGCCUACUUCAAGGUUCCCCGUUACAUCGAAAUCCGCGACGAACUUCCCCGAACCCCGAGCCUGCGGGUCCGAAAAGACGUCCUGCGUCAGGAGCGCGAGGACCUGAUCUCGGGUUGCUUCGACCGCGAAGCUGCCGGUAUCCAAAUCCGGAGAUGA